AUCAGAAAUUGCGGAGGAGAAAAGAUGGGACAUGUCAUGGAAGUUGUUAAGUGACAUUGAAAUACAUUGUUGCAGGGCAAGAAGCCAAAACAUCAUUUCAGCUGCUUUGAAGAAGAUACCAUAACUAGAACCUUGUCUAUGAUCUUUCAAGCAAGUGUGGGCAUCAAUUUAUUAGAAGUGACAAUAUAUGCAAAUAGGAAUUAGUUUUUGUUGUCGGUCGUCGUGAAAAAUAUAUUUUUUCGUGAAGGAACAGCUGCAUUGCCUGAAGCCCCAACAAAAGAAAACGCGUCAUCAUGGGCUGCUCUAUUGAAUGAGAGAAGGGUAGCAAACUUGCUAAUCUCAACAGCAUUUUCAGUCAUCAGGAUCCGGGUUAAAGCUUUCGUUGCAAGACUCUAUGCCAAACAUGGGGAUGCAAGACACAACGAAAGGCCAGAACUACGAAAAGUUCGAAAACGACGAAGCACCGAUGGAAGCUAAGGAGGAGAAACCAGCUACUAACCACAAAUGUGCCCCACAAGAUGGUUUCAAAUUGAUAGUUGCUGGCUGCAUUCUUUUUGCACUUUCAUUAACUGCAGGAGUAGUAGUAGAUACAUUUCUGAGGAAAGCUCCAACAGGCCAUGGUGGGGUUGCUAGUGAUUCUCAAGAAUGCUCCAACAUUGGAAUUAGCAUCCUUCAUGAUGGAGGAACAGCAGUAGAUGCAGCAAUUGCAACAAUGUUGUGUCUUACUGUAACAAGGCCAAGCAGUACAGGUCUUACAAGCGGGGGCUAUAUGUUGUUGCACACACCAAAUGGCAAAGAUGUUACAAUUGAUUUCCAGUUUGUUGCACCAAAUUCAGCAUCAGAGGAUAUGUUUGGCAAAGAUAAAUCGAAAUCAGUAACGGGUGCAUUGUCUUUUGCCAUUCCUGGACUACUCAAAGGACUAAAGCUGGCUCACAAAGAUUAUGGAAAGCUCCCAUGGUCAAAUUUGUUGGAACCUGCCAUUGGAAUAGCAAAAAGUGGAUUCAAAGUUAACCAGGACCUAGUUGAUUCAAUCAGCAAUGCCUUGACUGGUGCUUCAGCUGAUUUUAAGAAAGUUUUUACACCAAGUGGGAAAAUACCAAAGGUUGGGGAUACAUUAAAGUUAGAAAAGCUUGCAUUGGUGUUGGAUGGAGUCGCAAAAAAUGGCGAAGAGGCGUUUUACAGUGGAAAUACUGCGAAGGAGAUUCUGGAUACAGUUAUUAGCAAUGGUGGAAAUUUGACUGCAAGUGAUUUGAACAAUUAUACCGCGUUGGAAACAGGGGUUUAUAGCCAAGACUUUGGAGACUACAAGAUUAUUUCAACACCUCCUCCAUCCAGUGGCACAGUCGUUCUAGCAGCCAUGAAUCUAAUCCACCGUCUCGGGUUACAGCAAGCCAAUCAAGACAAAGCUUUGAAUUAUCAUUACUUGGCAGAGGUUUUCAAAUUUGUAUUUGCUGAGAGAAGCAAACUUGGAGAUCCUCAUUUCAAUAAAGAUGUUAAAGAUGUUGUCACGCAGAUGCUAAGUAAAAAGAUGGCUGACGAGCUGAGCAAAAAGAUUUCUUUCAACAAGACCUACCCUGCAUCUUAUUACGGACCGUUCUUUUCAACCGCUGCUACUAAAGGAACUGCAAAUGUUGUUGUGCUGGGAAACAAUGGCGACUUAGUUUCAGUCGUAAGUACGAUUGGUGGCUCAUUUGGCUCCAAACUAGUAACAAAGUCUGGAAUUGUCCUCAACAACGGAAUGAGCAGUUUCUCAUCGCCUGGUUUCAAUGAUCGCGAUGGGAUACCCCCAUCAAAGGCAAAUUACAUAGAGCCUGGAAAAAGGCCCCUGUCGGCGGCAUCACCUGUCAUUGCGUUCAAUAAAAAGAAACCAUGCAGUGACCAGUAUAUAGUUGGAUCCAGUGGUGGGGCAAAGGCAAUCACUGCGACCAUCCAGGUUUUGGUAGAUCUUCUGCACUACCGUUUGUCUGGCGAAGAUGCAGUAAAAAGGCCAAGGAUCCACACGCAGCUUACUCCAGAUGCUGUCCUUGCUGAAGGCAAAAAAUUUCACAAAGCUGGGAUUGAUUCUGUAUUGAGUAAACUCAAAGCAAUGGGGUAUAAAAUGGACAACAGCGCUGAGAGACUGGGCACUAUUAACGUCAUAUCGCAACAAAAGAAAUUCAUUUCCACGUAUGCUGAUGAAAGAAAAAGUGGCGGAUCUGCUAAAUUCUAAUAUGGUAGUGGUAACUGGAGAAUUCAUAGAGUAAAUGGUCUGAGCAUGUUUGUUUAUUUAAUAAUGUUUGGAGAUGGUAACUGAUGCUUCUUGGAAACGUAUCGAUUUUCCUGGAAUGCCUCCUAACGAUAGUUGUUCAUUUCGUAUCUACCUAAUGUUUCUCCUGCGUUUCUUUUAUUGUAGGUUCUAAUAAUAUUAACAGCAGAAAUUAUACCAUUGUUCUUUCAUUUGCAACUAUAAAAAUCUAGACGAUGACAAGUUUUCCUAUAAAUCCAAGAGAAUAUGGUUCGUUUCGUUCUCUGGCUGGUAAAAUCGAAUGAUGUUUUGAAGCACGUGAACCUUUCGUCCAUUAAUUGUUCUAGUUUGAUAAAACAUAUUCAAGAUUGUACAGGCUAUGCAAUAUAAUUAGAAAAUAUGUCCCAAAUAGGCCUGAUUUUGAAAUAUUUUAGCGUAAGUUUAAUUUCUAAAAGGAAGCAGAUCUUCGCAUCCCAGUUUUUUUGCCAGAAAACAAUGUUGCCUGUUUUCUCUGUUUUCAGUUCAGGAUUAUUUCCUUAUCAACAUUAUUCGUCAAAUCCUUUCAUAAUGGCUUUUUAGUUCUACUUUAGAUUAGAAAGACCCUUGAAAAUUACUUAUUAGUCCUCCAGCUAACGAGCCAAAAUCUUCAAAAUUUUUCUAAAACGAAUCAAAAUAAGUCCCUGGCCUAUGUGGUUAUUUGAUUUUCAGUGUUAUUUUCGAAGCCGUCAACUACUGGGCCAUCAUUCCUUCUAGACUAUGGUAUUAUUUCAUAUCAGUAUAGUAGCAUUAAUUCAUACUUGAAACAAUUUAAUCAUAUUUGUUGUACCUAAAUAUUUACGAAAUUCAUUUAAGGAUUAAAGGGAACUAUUAAUAAACUUAUUAGCAUUGUAUGAAUACAAUUCUCAGGUUGGACAUUGGUAUACACAAGCAAUAUUUAACUGUGGUUUUUAAGCAAUUAUUAUAAUUAUAGCUGUUGUUGGUAUUAGCAAUAAGAAUGCAAUGUGGUGA